AUGAAGAGUGCCAUCAAGGAAGUCUAUGGACCUUCCAAGCCAUGUACUACCCCACUCCUGUCGGUAGACGGCUCGACACUGUUGAAGAAGAGCAGCAUCAAUGUGCGAUGGAGAGAGCACUUCCGCAACCUACUCAAUAGGCCCUCCACUGUAGACCCCUAUGCCCUUGACCUGAUCCCACAAAGAACCACUGUCCACUGCCUCGACCUCCCCCUCCAAUGGACGAAAUCUCGAAGGCGAUUAAGCAGAUUCCUCCUCACUAGCAUCUGGGAGGACGAAGAACUGCCAAAAGACUUCAGGCCAUGCCACCAGGGACUGGGACCUUGGGGUAUAUCUGCGAUACAGACUCGACGGCUCUCUGUUCGACGACUGGAUGCCAAGACCAAGGUCGUGGAGAAGAUUGUCCUGGAAGCGCUUUUCGCUGAUGACUGUACCUUCAUGGCCCACAAGGAGUCUGACCUCCAGCUCAUCGUGAGUAAGUUCGCAGAAGCAUCCCGCCUCUUUGGUCUCACCAUCAGCCUGGGCAAGACAGAAGUACUGUUCCAACCCUCGCGAGCCUCCACCGCCCCUGCCCCCGCCAUCUCCAUCGAGGGCACGCAGCUGAAGACGGUAAACGACUUUAGGUACCUCGGCACCACUAUCAGCAACGGUGGCAGCCUGGAUAAGGAGAUAAACGCCAGGAUCUGCAAAGCCAGUCAAGCUAUCGGUCGUCUCCGACCUCGCGUCCUGAACCAACACAACGUCCAGCUGUCCACGAAGCUCAAGGUGUACAAGGCUGUCGUUCUCACUAGCCUCCUCUACGCAUGUGGAGACGUGGACCAUAUACAAAAGACACUCGAAGCAGUUGGAGAAGUUCCACAUGAAAAGCCUGAGGUCGAUCAUGAACAUUCAUUGGCAAGACCGGGUCACAAACAUUGGGGUCCAGGACAGAGCCAAAUGAUCAGCAUCGAGGCCAUGAUCCUGAAAGCCCAGCUCCGUUGGGUUGGUCACGUGAUCCGGAUGGAUGACCAUUGGCUGCCCAAGCACUCUGGGGCUAUGGGAAUAGGAGCAGACAACACAAGAGAUUCAAAGACUGUAUUAAGUCCAACAUAA